GUAUGGUACAUGUAGAGCCCGACUGAGCAAGAUGGCAGAGGGGGGUGUGACCGAUCUAGUCUUGGAUGAGACUCAGAAGGAACUUCAAGAAUGUCCAAUCUGUUACACUGAGUACAAGGAUCCUAGGAUGCUAGACUGCUCAAACAGCUUCUGCCUGAAAUGUCUGCAAGAACUCAAACUGACACAAAAUAAGGACGUCAAGAGUAUUGUCUGUCCGUUGUGUCAAAAGGAAACUGCCCUGACUGAAGCUGGCGUGGACAUGCUACCUGGAGGAUCAAAGGAUGUCAAUCAACAGGAACAGACUGAAGGUCAGGGGUUAAAAGUCAUGUGUCAGGCAUGUGAUGAGGAGAACGAAGCUAUUUCUCGGUGCGUAGAUUGCAAGCAUUAUCUCUGUCAAGAAUGCCUGAAGGCGCACAAUCGAUUGGCAUCACUGAGGGCUCACAAGAUUGUAGACUUGACAGAGCUACCUGUUGAGUCCCAAGAAAUAACAGAGGAAACUGAACUCAAGAAAGUUCCCAAGUGUCGCAAGCAUCCAGAUCAAGAUCUCUGUCUGUAUUGUAACACAUGUGACAUCCUCAUAUGCAAUGAAUGCACAAACAUUGACCACAAAGAAUCCAUGCAUUCUUAUGAAGGUAUCGACGAGGCAUUCAAUAAAUGUAAACAAGAAGUAAAAGAAUCCGUAUCCAAAACAGAAGAAUGCAUUCAAAAAUUUGUUUCUGCCAACCCCUCUUCAGGUCAUUCACGCUACCGACUUGACAAGAUGCUGGCAAAAACUUACUCUCAAAUUUCACAGAAAGCAGAAAAGGAAAUUGCCAAAAUCAGAGAGAAAGAAAAACAACUCAAAAUGGAGGCCAGGGACAUUGCCACUAAGCGAGAUAAACAAUUUGCAUAUGCAGAAACGUCUGAGCAGAUUCUGGGUAAAGUAAAUGAAGUGAUGACAACAGCAACGUGCUAUGAGAUCCUGGAGUCCAAAAAGAAAAUGCUGCGGGAUUUGAAUGAGCAGGUGGAGGUGCAUAAGAGUUUGAAUAUCAAGCAUGGGAAGUCAUUCCUUGGCUUUAAGGGGAGUAAAGAGGAUGGUCAGCUUGGGACUCUACUCUUGGAGGAGAAAUGGGAGACGUAUAAGGCCUUAACAGACAUAAAUAGUGCACACCAUCUUGCAGCAUACUCCACACGUGAAAUGGUUGUGGCAUGCAGUGAUGAACUGCUUACAUUGGAUCCAGAGGGGAAGGCGAUUUCUACAAAGACCUACAAACCUGACCCUGAUAAUCCAAACGAACCCCAUGACCCUAAUAACAUACAGAAAGCAACAGCUCUAGCCAUCAACAAGGAUGAUCAACUUCUGAUCCUAGACAAUCCUGCAGUCAAGAUCUUCAACAAGGAAUACCAGCUCCUUCAUCAGUUCCUACCGGGUAAAGAGGCCAGCGUAGACGGCAUGCCGACAUGCCUGGCAGUGGACAGCAGCAAUCUGAUAGCAGUGGGUUACAUGGACAAGGAACAGAUAUCUCUACACAACCCAGAUGGUUCCCUCGUCAGAACACUGCCUGCUCCAAAGAUUGAUGUGCAUUUGAUCUUCAGCAACAAGGAACUUAUUUACACCAACAUUAAGGAGGGUUUGCUGAUGGCUGUUGACUUACAUGGCAACAAACUGUUUACUCAAAGUUGUAGUGAUCCUUGUGGGCUGUGUUGUGAUGAUGCAGGUGAUAUUUACCUUUUGGCCUCAAAUAAAAUCUGCCAUUUCAGUGCAGAUGGCAAGUGCAUUGCUUCAUGGGACUGUCAGGGUAAUUCUGAUAUCGCAUACACACCUGCACAUAAAUUAGCAGUUACACAUCGGAGCGUGUACUUUGAGAGAAUGUACAUGAACAUGUAUCACUUGGUUUAGAGAUAUCAACCAAGACAUAAUUGUUCAAAUGAUCAAAACAAAAGGCAGGGAAUAAAAAAUAAACGAAUAUACAAAAACAGUAUCAAGACAUUUAUAUCAACAAAACAUCAAUGAAAAUUAUUGAUGCUCCCCAUGCAUCCUUGGAAAUGUGAAAUGUCCAGAAGCUUUUUGAUUACAACUUCACAAACAGGACAGACUUAAAACACUUUGAGCAGGAUAUGGGAUUGUAUACAUGUACAUAGCGUCACCGACACCAUGAAGUAACACCCAUCU